UUAGGUAAGGGACGCUGACGCCAAGCUCCAGUCCAACCCUCCUGUUUUUCCAACUUGACGAAUCAUUUCACAGUCUGAAUACGCCAAUGAUGCAAACAACUUCACUCAUCCGCUGCUCAAAUUUAUUACCUCCCUCACGAUUCGCCGCCGUAGCCGCCUCUCCCCUACUCGGAGCUUCGUUUACAAGGUCCGAAGCUUCUUUCUGUGUUCAAUUGCCCUCCACUAGCUCGCAAAAUUACCGAUUCACCCACUCUAUUCUGCGCUGCGUUGCGAGUAACUCAGUGCAAGGUCGACAAAUGGCUUCCGAGGAUGGUCAAGACCCUCGCAUAUCAAGAAUCGCCUCUGCCAUCCGAGUCAUCCCGGACUUUCCCAAGCCGGGGAUUUUGUUCCAAGAUAUCACCACGUUGCUUCUGGACACAAAAGCUUUCAGAGACACCAUUGAUUUGUUUGUUGAGAGGUACAAGGACAAAAAUAUUUCUGUUGUUGCAGGUGUUGAAGCGAGAGGCUUUAUAUUUGGGCCUCCCAUCGCGUUGGCUAUUGGGGCAAAGUUUGUUCCUAUGAGAAAACCAAAUAAGUUGCCUGGGGAGGUUAUUUCGGAAGAAUAUUCUUUGGAGUAUGGAACGGAUAAAAUGGAGAUGCAUGUUGGAGCUGUAAAAGCAGGGGAACGUGCCUUGGUCAUAGAUGAUCUCAUUGCAACUGGGGGGACCUUGUGUGCUGCAAUCAAGCUGCUAGGCUUACAUCUUGCUUGUUAUUUCUUGCAGAGCGCGUUGGGGUAGAAGUGGUUGAGUGUGCUUGUGUUAUUGAACUGCCUGAGCUAAAGGGUCGAGAUCGAUUGGGAGACAGACCAUUAUUUGUUCUAGUUAAUGCAGCUGCUUGAGGCACGUAAUUGUGGUACUAUGUGUCAUUGUAUACUAGUUAGCUUCAUAUGAAGCUCUAGAUUUCGACCACUUUAUGUUAUGGAAGAGUACAAGGCUGGAAUAAAAAGGGUUUGUUCAUCCGAGAGUUUGAAGAAGACUAGGUAGUUGGAGUUGAGCUAUAAAUAAGUAGUUCUUUCAUUCUUGUUUAUGAAUAUGGUACAAUUUUUAUGAAGGGGCGAUUGAUGGUCAGGAAUUUGACGGUUGAUGUUGGGUAACUGAGUGUAUGCUUGAAGAAUUCAUACUGAUAAUUCUGUGCAAUUUUAUGAUCUUCAUUCCACGAUUUCAUUUUGA